GUUCAUAAGUUGGUCAGCCUGAAUAUUAAAAAUGGCGUCUCAUUUAGCAGGUGGGAAAGUGAAUGUGGGACAAGUUCAAGAAUUAGCGAGGAAGGAACUGCUCCAACUUCUUGGAAAAUGUGACGGUAGUAAGGCAAUAGUAUGGGAUGAAUCACUGGCAGGACCAGUAGGUCUUGUUGCAAAAUACAGUUUAUUACGGGAGAAUGAAGUAUUGAAAAUGUUCCCCCUGAGAGCUGGCCACCUUCCUGCUGCUAAUGUACGAAAUAUCAUAUUCAUAACAAGACCACAGCUAUAUCUGAUGGACUUAGUUGCUGACAACAUAUAUGGGGAAGAACGAGCAAGUGGGUACAGGAAGGAGUUCCAUUUGUUCUUUGUUCCCAGGAAGAGUCUGCUGUGUGAAAAGUGGCUAAAGAAUCGGGGUGUUUUUGGUAACUUUACUUUGAUUGAGGAAUUUGGCUGUGAUCUCUUUCCUUUUGAUAGCGACCUGAUGUCAAUGGAGUUGGAGUCAGCUUUUAAAGAAUAUUAUUUGGAGAAUGAUCCAACAUGCUUAUACCAAGUUGCACAAGCAAUCAUGACCUUGCAAAGUCUAUUUGGUGUAAUACCUCGAGUAUCAGGUAAGGGACCUGCUGCCAAACAAGUAUGGGACCUGAUGUGUCGCAUGGCCCGUGAAAGACAGAGCACAGAGGCACCUGGACACAUACCUCAAUCACAAAUCGAUCAUCUGUUGCUCUUGGACCGAGGAGUGGAUCUUCUCACUCCCCUUGCAACUCAGCUUACAUAUGAGGGGCUGAUUGAUGAGAUUUUUGGUAUCAAUAAUACUACAGCUCAGUUUCCUCCUGAGAGGUUUACCAAAUCAGAUGAUGGAGCCACUGACCUCUCUGCUGAAAGAAAACAAAUCAUUCUUAAUUCUGGAGAGGAACUCUUUGCAGAGAUAAGGGAUAAGAAUUUCAAUGCUGUUGGUCCGGCAUUGAGCCGUAAAGCAAAGUUGAUCUCUUCCCAGUUUGAAGAACGUCAUGGAGAAAAAACAGUGCAAGAAAUUAAACAAUUUGUUGCUCGACUACCACAUAUGAUGGCCACCAAAGCAUCACUAGCAACUCAUACAACAAUUGCUGAACUAAUUAAGGAGGUGACUGAUUCUAACAAGUUUUUGGAAUCCCUGCAAACAGAACAGGAAUUUAUGAAUGGAAUUGACACAGAUAAAGUGCAUCCAUAUAUUGAAGACUGUAUUGCACAGAAGGAACCUCUGAUUAAAGUAUUGAGACUUAUCUGUAUGCAGUCAGUGACCAACAGUGGUUUAAAACUCAAGGUAUUAGAGCAUUACAAACGAGAAAUCAUACAGACAUAUGGUUUUCAGCACAUCUUGUCCCUCACAAACUUGGAAAAUGCUGGUCUGAUCAAAUUACAGCAAGGUUCAAGACAGUACACUGUUUUGCGGAAGACUCUUCGACUUACAGUAGAAGAUGGAAGUGAGAUAGUGCCAACAGACAUCAGUUAUGUGCACAGUGUAUAUGCUCCCGUGAGCGUGCGUCUGGCUCAAUAUUUGGUGCGCCCUAAUGGGUGGAGAGGUUUGCAGGAUGUCUUGGGUCUUCUUCCAGGACCAACGAUUGAGGAAAGUCAGUCACUACCAGUUGGCCGUGGACCUCGUAGAGGAUCCAUCGGGAGUCAGUCAUCACAGAAUGAUAUGCCAAGAGUUGUACUAGUGUUUUUUCUUGGUGGCUGCACAUUUGCUGAAGUUUCAGCCUUGCGUUUUCUCUCCCAGCAGGAAGACUCAUUGGUAGAAUUUGUGAUUGCUACUACAAAACUUAUAAAUGGGAACACAUUUCUGAAGUACCUGAUGGAGCCAUUGGGACCAGACAUUCCACCUCCAAGACAAUGAAGAAUAUGAACUAUAAUGAUGAAUGACAAGUCUAUUAAGAAUUGUAUUUUGUGUUGUGUAUGUACAUGUGGCAGCAGCAUCACUGGGACAAAAUUAAAUGUUAUCUACUCCGGGA